UUCUUUUAUUACUGUUGUUGUCACCAUGUUGUUGUAAUAACUGUUUUUAUACUCUAUUUAAUAUUUGUAUUAAUACUUUUUAUUAACAUAUUUUUAGUCGAUAACAAUAAUGCUGGUACAAUGAAUAAUUAUAAUACUUACCGAAAUCCCCCAAAUUCUCCACCCCCAUCCUAUCCAAAAGAAGAACAAAAACCCAAUAAGCAAAACAAACAAUCACAAGUUGAACAGGACUUCUAUUACUAUUUCAAUCAGGUUUUCUAGCAAAACCAACAAAAAAUGAAUACUGAAGGAAUUCCUUUUAUUUUUCCCACAAACAUAAAAUAAUUUUAUU